AUGAGCCUUGUGUCGGAGUAUCUCUUUGCCAUCGACCAGUGGAAGCUUUUGGAGCAGUGGAAAAUGCACAUCCUGGGCGCACUUCCCCUCUCCUCCUCGCAGGAGUCCUCCUUGGUGGCCAGCAUAGAGGCCCGCUCCAGAUACGACGCCCACAUCAACGCAUACUCAAGCCAGACAUACCAGCUUCUCAUAUCUGCCAGCGGCCACCUGGGCUGCGAGAUCGUGGAGUACUCCAGGCUUGAGCAGAAGAUGCUGCGCCUGCUGAACAAGCUGCGCGGCAAGAUGCUGCCGACCGUGUCGCACGACGUUGCGUACCUGAGGCACUUCCUGAUGUGCAGAGUAGACAGCGCGCGCGUGUUCGCGCCCACUAUGUCCCGGUACUAUAUGCACAUCAUAGAGCUCAUCCUUGUGGGCGAGCUGUUUCCCGUCCACUUUGACACGUGCGAGAAGAAGCUGCACGUCCAUCUAAAAAAAGCCCCCUUUGUCGGCAUAAACAUGCGGCGCGCACUCGCCCAGAUCACCGAGGUUGUUCUGGUCCUGUACGAGGGCAGGCGCGUGACCGAAAAGCAGGAGCACAUGCUAAGAAGCGCGUUUAGCGUAAAGGUGACGCGCGUGCUGAAGUAA